AUGGCGGCUCACGCGACGAUCCCCUUCUCUAGCUCUUCCACGCUGCAAACUCUGACUCGCAUCCUCUCCCAGCCCGAGGACCGCCAGCUUUGCCUCAUCUUCCUCCGCUUCCCCGUCGUCGCCGCCCUCCUGAUGCUCGCCCGCCCCCUACCGCCGCCACGUCUCGACGUCCGCCGCGGUAGGCCUCAACGGCACCAUAGCUCCCCUGCUACCCCGCUCCCACUCCGAUCCAUGACUCCCACCUCACACGUCCGCUCAUCCAAUAGGCCCCAUCGGCAGAUCUGGUACCUCAGUAUACCGCACCGUGGGAGGAGACCAAGGUGUUGCCCCAUUGUUGCUUUCCUAGAACCUCCACGUCGACGGCACCUCCACUGGUUCCCACAGCAGGCUGCAAUUCAGGAUCCGUGGCUCGGUUAUAUGGCAGUGGCAGCACGGAAAGAGGCAGUGGCAAAGAAGGGGCUGCAGCAUCAUUCUCGUCAUGACCUCGGACUCUAG